AAUAUAUAUAUAUCACCACAGCACAGGCUGAUUGAGGUCUAGGUGCUGCAGGUGCAGAGUAUUUGUGACAAUCCUCCCGGGAGCAGAGGUCUCGUAAAGGCAGAAAGAAAAGCAAAGCAGCCAUGGGAGUUGAGAAAAUGGAAAUGGAAGACACAGACUUUACUCUGAUGGAGAAGGGUAAUAAGCCACCUGCUCCAAAACCUCCCAACAAAUACGAGACUCUGUUCCAGCCCUGCCUGGCCGAGAUAGUGGGGACCAUGUUCUUCGUUUUCGUCGGCUGCGUGUCCGUCAUCGAGAAUGUGCCGGCGGCUGGACGCCUGCAGCCGGCCCUUGUGCAUGGACUGGCUGUGGCAGUGAUGGUGGCGGUCAUGGAUAACAUAAGUGGCUCCCAUUUCAACCCUCCCUUCACUAUUGCCAUCUACCUGUGUGGAGGCAUGGACCUGAUGAUGGUAGGACCCUACCUGGCCAGCCAGCUGAUUGGAGGAGUCCUGGGAGCUGGAAUGGCCAAGAUGAUGACCCCUACAGACCGCUACUUAAACGCAACAGGAGCAGCGUUUGAUAUCCUCAAGUCAGAGAGCCAGCUGUCUGGAGCCAUCUUUGGGGAGGUGGCCAUGACCUGCCUGAUCACCAUGGUGGUGCUGCUGGUGGCGGUCAACGGCAAGACGAAAACGCCGCUUGCUCCGUUCCUGGUGGGCUGCACGGUUAUCAUCAACGUCCUGGCAGGGGGUGACAUAUCAGGGACGUGUCUGAACCCUGCUAGGGCUUUCGGUCCAGCAGUGAUGACCAACUACUGGGUCUACCACUGGGUUUACUGGGUGGGACCCAUCGGGGGAUGUCUGGUCGCUGCUGCGUUGCUCAGGCUCAUUCUGGGUGACGAUAAAAUACGAGUCGUUAUGAAAUCAUAAGAGCCUCUAUUGUGUGUGUUUAUUAUACAAUAAACCUGGAAACAUUGUCUGUCUCACUAUGUCAGAUCCCCUUCGACUCAUGCCAUAAUGACAUGCGGUCAGUUUUAAUGCUGUACUUUAGUUUUCUUCCAUGUCAAGCUGUGUGAUCAUCGUGUGUAUUUCUCUGUAUUAAAUAAAGAACAAAACGUGUCUAUCCAUUUGUCCCCCA